CAGAAUAAUACCAAACUAAAAACAUGGGUAAUGAUGGCGGAAGUAUUCCAAGGCGAUGCGAACUUGUGAAGUCCGCAACACGUAAUCCCACGACUACCGAGCUUAAAGAAACCCUACGCGAACACUUAGAGCAUUACUGGUCGACUUGCCCUCUCUCGCAUAAGCAGCUGCUUGCGCCUAUUGUAUCUGAUUCCAGCGGAACUCUCUAUAACAAGGACGCGAUACUAAAGUUUCUCCUGCCGGCAGAUGACACGGAAGAUAUUAGCUCGAAAGCCGACUGCGAAGAGAUAUUAAAAGGAAGAGUCAAAGGGCUUCGCGAUAUUGUGGAAGUAAAGUUCGAGAUCGAUGAUGGUGGGGACGGUAAAAAGCGCAGGGUCUGUCCUAUCACUCGUAAAGAGCUGGGUCCAAACGUGAAGUCAGUCUACCUAGUUCCCUGUGGCCAUGCGUUCUCAGAAGAAGCGAUCCGAGAAAUGAAAUCCGACAAAUGCUUACAGUGUAACGAGGGGUACCUUCUCCAAAACGUUAUUCCUAUUCUCCCGUCGCAGGACGCUGAAAAGAAGCGCUUGAUAUCUCGUGUGCAAGAUUUGAAUAGCCAGGGCUUGACACACUCGCUUAAGAAGGCUCCUGGCUCCAACAAGAAACGAAAGAAAAACGGGAAUAGCGCUGAAUCCACUGCUUCUACAACAACCGGUUCUGAACCGGCUUCUGCUCUCGAUAGCGGAACAGCUACCUCCAAACAUCAAUCUGCACCCAGCAGUAGACCUGAUAGUGUGACAUCCACUCCAGCGCCUUCAGGAAUUAAGAAUGCUGCAACAGCGCGGCUGACAGCUCGCGUACUUGAGGAGGAGAGGGAACGCAAUAAACGACGGAAAAUGAUAGGUGACAACGAAACAAUACGAAGUCUCUUCUCGUCCGAUUCUACGAGAGAGCGAGGCAAGGACUCUGAUUUCAUGACCAGAGGCUAUUCGAUACCAACGUCGGCGAAAAGAUGAGACUUUUGAAACGUUGGGUAGCCUCAUCAUGGGUUCCUCCCUGUUCACAAGUAUGCUAUACCCUGCACUAGCAGCUUCUCUAGGGUUCUCGCCAGUGACCCACCUGCCGUUAUAUUUAGGCUGAGGUUUUCGGAGAGUUCCUUGUCCUAAACUACCUUCAAUAUGUUGGAUGCAAAGGCUUGCGAAACUCAUGCCAUCCCUGGUUGAUAAUCUGUAGCAAGCCCACAAUUUGCCCAUAAGGCUUUUAUGUGCUUCUAUCCAUCAGAUCCACGCAUUACAAGGAAUUGGCGACACGGGUAUGCGAAUAUGGCUGUGACCAGGUUAGGAUAGAUGUCCUAUAUGUGUGUGAGGUCGAUGUUAGAUGCCGCAAGUCUUCUGGUGAUGACUUGAAGGUAACUUCUGGGGGCUGGUCAAAUAGUUAUUCUUGCCAGUUGCAAAGUUGGAACUGGCCAGAAUAUAUAUAUUCUCCUUCCGCGUCUCCCUGACGGCCAUGUUUGCGACCUUUUUUUCCUUUGCAGGUUGUCGUUGACUUUCGACGGGGUUUUUAAGGGAUAGAACUCAUGUAAUGGAUAAGAAGACGUUAUUGGGAAUUUUGUUUUACGUCGGAAGGAAACUGUGGAUGUUUCCUAUACUUUAUCGAAAUAGGAACUCCUGGGGCCUAGUUAGUUAUUCG